AUGUCAGAGCCGAUCUGCAAGAAACAGCCCAUGAUGCUCAUCUCGCCGAAUGAAACGCCGGCCACGAGCCGCUCCGAUUCCGAGGGCCCACUCCGGAGGUCAGCUUCGGAGCCUUGUCAAACGAUACUCCCGACCCGGCGCAAAUCACUAGCAUUUGUGGCUCCACUGGCCAGGGAGGAGGAGAUUGAUCGGGAGGUGGAAAAAGUUCCGAUGAGUCUUGCGAGGAUUGUUGUGAAUAUGCAGGAGCAUUACGCGGCGGAGUUGGAGGCUGAGAGACAAAGAACAGAGGAGUUGGCGAGUCAGAAUGAGGAGAUGAUGAGGAAGAUGGGUGAGAUGGAGAGGAGACUGCAGAUGCAUGUUGUUCUCAUGGAUGGAUUCGUUGGGUUUAUGAGGGAUGUGAAGGAAGGGAAGUUUGCAAUUGGCGGAGGUGCUGAAAUCGAGAUUGCAAAGGCAUUUGGGGGAGAACAUCUUGCUGAGGUCAGAGGGCUUGUAGCGGAGAAUUACAUGCCAGUUCAACAAAGCGUGGAACAGCCGACUACUGAGCCUAUGGUCUUUGAUGAUGAAGAUGAGGUUCAAGAAACAGCGGAAGUCAUUCGACACGUGAGCGUUGAUGAAUUACCAUCAACGCCAGACCCGGAAGCACCUCCUGUACGAAGCACUGGGCGACGAGCACCAAAACGCAAGAAUCCCCCUUUGAGGCCACAUCGAGAGCUCAAGCGACAAACAAGGGCAACUCUACGGAGUGUUCGACUUCGUAAUACUUCAUCGUGGACUGCCAUCAACACGAGGAAUUCUCCGUAUGCAGGGGCUGACUUGAGCGGUGGAGAGGACAAGGACCUUGACUUCACUCCUGAUCCUGAGGUUGAAGGGGAGGAGGAGGUGGACGAUGACAGUGACGAUGAGACGGAGGAUAUCCCAAAUGCCCCAGCAACACCAUCGUCAUCCCUCUCAGACGAAGAUCUCGAAACAACAAAAACACGAUACUCCGCCCCUCGCUCCGUUGCAUAUCGGUACGCCAGCGGUCCGCCCAGGCGCAAGUUCAAAUACCACCGCAUGCCCAAGACCGUCGCAUUAGUAUGGCAAGAGUGGAAGCACGGCAGCAACGGAAAUCCAUCGAUUCAAUCACUCGAAGAAAAGUACAGCACGAGAUGGCGAAUGGGAACGUUGCAGGAGCGCAAGUAUGCGAGUAAUUACGUUGGUGUGAGACAGAAGGUUGUGAGAAAGGUGGAGGAAAUGUGUGAGCAGAAGGGAUUGACGCCAGAAAAGGCUUGUGAGAUUCUGGAUAGACGGGUUGAUGGGAGGAUGCAGUUGCUCAUGACGGCGUUGAGGAAGGGACAGGAUCCGUUGGUGGUUAUUCCAAGGAGGUAG